UAACUGUUGAUUGAUAUGUAGGAGCGAGUCUGAGACUUCAACAGGUACCCAGGCGAUGUGCUGUUGAUCUCUCUGUCCCAGUAUGGCUUUUCUUCAACAACUGAGAAUGUUGCUACCUCUGCUGUUUUGCCUUAUCCCAGUGACCGAGCAAACACCUUCCUACCUGAUUACAGUGCCGAGCAUCAUCCACGUUGGGGUCCCAGAGAGUAUCAGCUUACAGUUACAUGGUGCGGAGAGCCCUGUCAAUUUUCAGGUUUAUUGCUAUGACAUCAUCAGAUACAAGAGAUGUUCCGAUGUCACCUACUUUACGCUGAAUGCAGGAAAUGGUUAUCGUGAAGUUAAGACCCUAACGGUGGCCCAGAAGUCUAUCAAAGAGCUACGGCUAUGGCGACGGCGAAGGCAAUAUGUCUACCUGGUAGCAGAGAGCAAGCUCUUUGCACAGAGAAAGUUGGUGCCCCUCAAACUGUCCAGUAAGAGGGGGUAUAUCUUCAUUCAAACAGACAAGCCCAUUUACACCCCCAACCAGGAUGUGCAGUACCGGAUUUUUACUCUGGAUCACUACAUGAGACCAGUGAAUGAAUCGCUGAAGGUCUCUAUCUAUAACUCUAGAGGCAUGGAGCUGAGGACCGUCGCGUGGAUGUCCAACAAACUGAGGCAGUAUCAGACCAAAAUCCCGGAUAACGAGGAACCAGGAACAUGGCGAAUUGAGGCCCAGUUUGCGGAUGCACCCAUGUCCAAAGUGACGGCACAGUUUGAAGUGAAGGAAUUUGUUCUCCCCAGGUUCGAUGUCAAGGUCCAGGCGAAUGAAAUGUUCUAUCUUGUGACAAGGGAGAGAUUUGAAUUCAGAAUCACGGCAAAACACUUGUAUGGCGAACCAGUGCACGGAGAGGCCCAUAUUAGAUUUGGAAUCAUCCACGGUGUUAGCAAUAAGACGGAAGUUUGGAGUCUAGGACGAAAAUUAACCGUGAGAGCAGGAGUAGCCAAUUCGUACCUGGACACGAAUGAACUUCUGAGCAGAUCUGGCCUGUUGUCCAAGGACGAUCUGCUGGGGAUGAACCUCUAUAUGGGAGUGACAGUGGUGGAACUCGGCAGUGAUGUGAUGGAAAUGACCGAGCUCACCAGCAUCCGGUUUGUGUCCUCGCCGUACAUGCUGGACCUGUCGAAAACAGCCCGCCACUUUGUACCCAACAUCCGCUUCCAAGUAGUGGUGACUGUGACAUACCCUGAUGGGACGCCAGCUGUUAACGUACCUGUGAAGGUGGAAGAAGGUCCCGCUGUGAUGACUGAUCAACAGGGGCUUGCAGUCAUUGAGAACGAAGCCCCAGCCAAUGCAAACGUCCUCAACUUGAAGGUGACAGCUGGAGAGGGAACCCUUGGAAAAGAAAUCCGUGAGGGAACAGUAACAGCUGAGAUCUAUCAGUCUCCCAGCAGGAGCUACCUCCAGAUCAGUGCUCCUCACACCGUCCUGAAGGCAGGACAGAACCUGGUUAUCGAGUUCCGGGCUGUCACGGAGCAGAAUGAUGCAAGGAUUGACUCCUAUUAUUACAUUGUCACUAGCAAAGGCAAGGUGCUCACCACCGGAAGGAUCACAAAGGCGGAUCCCACCAGGCUUCAGCUUCGGGUGGAUGCUGACAUGGUCCCAACGUUUCGCCUCAUAGCAUACUACUACAUCCAGUCAGGAGAGCGCUUGGAAAUGGUGGCCAACUCGGUGUGGUUCGACAUGGAGGACAAGUGCAAAGGACGGGUCGCAAUAAAGGAUCCAGCCGAUGGGUAUAAACCGGGAAGUCAGUUGGAUCUGCACUUCUCCACCAACGGUGCAGCAGAUGUGGCCUUUGUUGCUGUUGAUUCAGCAAUGUAUAUCCUCAACAACAGAAACAAGCUGACGCCCAGGAAGGUGUUUGAAGCAAUGAACUCCUAUGACCUGGGAUGCUUCUAUGGAGGUGGACUAAAAAGUGCAGAUGUCUUCUUGGAUGCUGGUCUGAGUUUUCUGUCCAAUGUGGAUGUGUCGUCACAUAGAGAUGAAUAUUCCUGCGCCAACAAAGUCAGAAGGCAAAGGAGAGCGUUAAGUAUUCAGCAAAGAUAUUCUGACAGAUUGAAUGAGUAUUCCGACAACAGGCUGAGGAAGUGCUGUCUGGAUGGCCUGACCAACAUAUUAAUGGACUACAGCUGCCAAGAGCGAGCUCAGCGGGUGCAGGACAGGUCUUGCCGCCAGGCUUUCCAGAGAUGCUGUUACCACAGGACGGUCCGGCAGGAGUCCCGUAAGAUGUCUGUAGUAAUACCUAUGUUUCCGGGCAGAGCUGCAAAAAAUCCGACUGUCAUCGAUGCCAACUCCCUCCCCAGUGAAGAGUUCAUCGAUGAAGGCUCCCUCACGGUUCGCAGUAUCUUUCCGCAGAGCUGGCUAUGGGAAACAUUCUCAGCCCCACGCGAGGGUGACUAUAAAAUAUCAAGCUACAUUCCUGAUUCCAUUACCACCUGGGAAAUUCAGGCAGUUGGCAUGUUUGAAAAUAAAGGAUUCUGUGUUGAGGAACCAAAAAAGUUGAAAGUUUUCCAGCCAUUUUUUCUGGCCAUGACGUUACCUUAUUCUGUCAGAAGGAAUGAACAACUCAUUGUGAAAGUCACCCUGUACAACUAUCUACCCCAGGAUGUAACGGUCUUGGUAUACAUGAAAGAAGCAGAAGGUUUGUGCACUUCCUUUACAUCACAGGAGGAAGGACGGAGGCUCUCUGUCCCCGCCAAUUCGGCUCGAUCCAUUGAUUUCCCCAUGGUCGCUCUGGUGGUUGGGAAUAUCCCAAUCAAUGUGAUUGCCGUCGGUCAGUCCUAUGCCCACAGUGAUGCAAUCUUGAAGUACCUUCAGGUUCUGUAUGAGGGAAUAGUGGAAGUAAAGGAGUCGAACAUUGUUCUCAAUCCCAGAGAAAGAAGAAGCAUUGAAAUCUUGGCAGAGAAGCCAACGAAUGUUGUCCCUGAUGCUGACAAUUUCUUGUACAUGCUUCCCUCCGCCACGGUUCUGGGUCCUGCAGUGGAGAAUUCUCUGGACCCAGAUGGAAUCGACAAGCUCAUCAAGGUGCCGACGGGCUGUGCGGAGCAAACAGCCAUGCACAUGGCUCCCACCGUCUUCGCCGUGGAAUACCUGGAUCAGAGUGACCAGUGGCUGUCCCUCAGUGCUCAGCGCAAGGAUGAGGCCCUGCGUCACAUGGAAACAGGGUACAGCAGAAUUUUGGGAUAUAUGAAGGAUGACGGAUCCUAUGGGACUUGGAAGAACUCUCCAAGCAGCACAUGGCUGACAGCCUUCAUUGUGAAGAUAUUCUCAAUAGUGAAACAUCAUAUCAUGGUAAAUCAGGAGAUCGUGUACAAAUCUGUUUCCUAUUUGAUCAAAGUUCAGAAGAGCGAUGGAAGCUUUGAAGAUCCCCAUCCAGUGCUUGUGAAAGCCAUGCAGGGUGGAGUUGGUGGUGCUGAGGGUAACUUGCCCCUGACUGCCUUUGUAACAGUGGCUUUAAAGCAUUUCCUGCAAAACUUUCUCCAGAGCAACGUAGCAGCUGCUUCAGUAGUGAGUGAAAGCAUCGGAAAAGCCGUGCAUUAUUUGCAUAGGACUUUGCCAAAUGUCGAGAAGCCCUACGCCUUGGUGAUCACCGCCUAUGCCCUGGCCUUCGCAGAAGUAGAUUCGGACAAAGUGAUGGAGGCUGAGAGGAGACUGAAGCUGAUUGCAUCUCAUGAGUCAGACCGCAACAUGCGUUACUGGAAGGCAGAGCACACGAACCCAAGCAGCGACGAGGAAGUCCCACAUGCAUCUGCGUUGACGGUGGAGACCACUGCGUACGGCCUGCUGCAGGCCUUGAAAAGGGGCGAUGCCGAGUAUGCGAGGCCCAUUGUGGCGUGGCUGACUGAGCAACAGAACUACGGAGGGGGCUUCCAGUCCACUCAGGAUACAGUGAUUGCUUUGGAAGCUCUAUCAAAGUACCACGUCCUUCUGUUUGAGCAAGAUGACGAACCUAAUCUUCUGCUUCGGGUCAGUCUUGCUGAAAAGAGCUCCGUGUCUAACAUCGAACUGCGUCGACGUAAUCUCCUAACCCAGAAAGAACUGAAGUUCCCUCUUGGAAAAAAGGUCUUGGUCGAAGUCUCCGGUCAUGGGAAGGGGAAACUAAACUUACGCAAAGAAUACAAUCUCUUGGAGGAGGCUACCAACAGCUGUGACAAACUUCACCUCUCUGUGGCCAUCAAAAGCAGCCUGAAGUACAAUCAGCCCAGGCACAAUAAAUAUAAUGUUCGAAAGAGAAGAGCAGCCUCUGAUACCCAGACUGUUUUCUAUGAAGUCUGCACAAGGUGGAGCAGUCAGAGUCGUAAUGACUUGUCAGCAACUGGCAUGGCCGUGGUGGACAUCACUCUCCUGAGUGGUCUGGAACCGGACACAGACUACCUCAAUCAGCUGAAAAAUGGAGUGGAGCAGUACAUUAGUAACUACGAGUACAUGAAAGGAAGACUGCUGCUGUAUUUGGAAUCGAUCCAAGAACGCAAAACGUGUAUCAUCUUUCCAGCCAAGCAGAUCGUACCUCUGGGCUUGAUGCAGCCUGCGCACGCCACGCUAUACGACUUUUACGACCCAAGUACGAAAUGCACGAUAACGUACAAUGCUCCAAAAGAAAACCCCCUGGUCACGAAGCUCUGUGAUGGCCAGAUUUGCACCUGUGCUGAAGGUCCCUGUCCUAAGAUCACACAGAUUUUAGAAGUAGACUGGGAGGAUAGUCCUCGGACUACCUUUGCCUGCUACACUCCGAUUGUGGAUUAUGUCUACAGGGUGCAGCUUGUGAAUCAGACCUCGCUGGGGUACUUUGACAGUUACAUCAUGUCCAUCAAUGAUGUUUUCAAGAUUCACGACAGUGACAACAUUCAAAAGAAUGACGUCAGAGCUUUCAUCAACCGGAAGUCCUGCCAGCUGCAGAUAAAGAGGGACACGGAAUACCUGGUGAUGGGGAAAAUCGGGAAAGGCAUCGACGUCACUGGGAAGAUGCAGUAUCUUCUCAGUGACACCACAUGGAUCGAAGCCAUUCCACCAGCAGCGACGUGUAACCUUCGGACCUACAGGGAGUCCUGUCAGCAUCUGAAUAUCUUCUUUGACAACCUGCUCAUGUACGGAUGCAUAUUGUAAAUUCAGUCAGCAGUUGCAGUGCCUCUGGUGACAAACCUCCCACUAAUAAGCAGAAUGUAGUCAUUGUUGCAAUAAAAUUUGUAACAAAAAUAAGGUGCACUUUCAAUAAACUGCUCUGUGACAUUGUC